UGGUUUGCAGAGGAUUUCCUGUUGUUGUGAAGAUCCGCCGUUAGAUUUGCAUCUAGACGGGACUCGAGCUCGUGCCACGUUCACGUUACGCUACGGUGCGUUAGCCUCAAAUGUGUUCCCUAUCAUUCCUCGGUGAAGUGCUGUCCCCGCUUGGAUUCACUCGAGUAUUUGACCUGAAGUAGAAUAAUCGAAAGGAACAUAACGUUAGUUGUCAGCAUCUGUAGUAGAUCUGCAGCGUCUAAAUCUCAGAAAGAGAGAAGGGUAACGUUAGUGUUAUUUCAGUCUAAUACGGUGCAACUGCAUUAUGCAGAGUGGAGCCUUUUUUUCUCGCUCGCAAAUAAAAUAAUGGGAGAGAAAUGAGAAGGAAAACAAAAGCACAGCGAAUUCUUGACUACGAAAAUGAAGAGGACGAGGAAGAAGAGGAACAAAAAGCGGACUGCUUCAGCAACGGUGCACAGAAACGAAGAAAAAUGUUUUCCACCAAAGAAAAAGCAGAAGAAAAUAGCUCAUCCACCGCCAGGCUUCAGAAGUUAACGUUAGACAUGAAGGUUAAUGAGCUGGAUUGUUCUUCCGCAGACCUCUAUGCUGACAGUCCUCCUGCUUCUGAGUCUGAGGAGGCUCAUUUUUUACAGUCCUAUUCAAAGAAGGAGCUCAUUGCCAUAGUCUUAUGCAUGCAGAGGGAAAUGGAUGACUUGAAGGAACAACUUAGGUGCCUAACAGCAUGUGGAAAGCUAGGAAGAAACCUGGAAAUACUAAUCGAGAAGACCAAGAUGUGGUCAAAUGGGAACAACGGUACCUCUCUCGGGACUCAAGGCAUGGUACAGGCACCUGCCGAGGUGGAUGCUGUGAUUCCAGAUGUAUGUUCUCCUCCAGCUAUUAUGAAUGGGCAAUGGCUGAAUCAGGGUCCAGGACCACAGAAACCUCACAAGGCCACUCAGAAUGCUCUGAGGGAUGGGCUCUUCACAGAGUUUAUCACUCCUGAACUUUUGGAGAGUUGUAACACAGGCACCACUGCCCAAAAACUGACCAAUGACCUUCUCCGUGGACUCUACGAGAGGGAAUGCCUGGCUUCCCACUCCAUAUCUGGAGUUGUGUACAAUAAAAGAGGCCAGCCAAAGCCUGCUCUGCCUACCGAAGAGGUCGAGGCAAUCCUGAGAACCGUUCACUAUUUCUUUCCUGGCAAGACUGAUGUAGAGAUCAAGGGCUACAUCCGACAGAAACUGCAAAACGAAGCCAAGAGACUGAGGAAGAAACCAUCACUCUCAGGCCAAUACGAGGCUAGUGGUCUCAAUGUACCAUUAGAUAUGAUCGACCAAAAUUGAAACAUAUGGUUGGUUAGGGGAUAUCAAUUGUAUGUUCUCCAUGAAGUUAGCCUUAUUCGGUGUUACUUACAUUUAAGAAUCGUGGACUCAAGUGAAGUUGAUGUGCAUUGACAAUAGUCUUUAAAGAAAGUCACAAUGAUCUCUUGCGGCAACUGUUUGGCUGUUGGCGGUUGUGACGUUACAUAUGUGAAAAUGCAAAUGAGCGGUUCCAGAUAAGUCCAAGGCCCCGUCCACACGGAGAUGCGUUUCUGUGAAUAUGCACACAUUUUUUAUCGGAUCGGCAUUUCGUCCACACUGAUCCGGCGUUUUCGCAAGGUGAAACCGCUAUUUUUUGAAACCGGGUCCCAAAGUGGAUAAAUUUGAAAACGCCGUCUUUGCGUUUUUGUCUGGACAGCUAAUCCGUAUAUUUUCUGAAACGAUGACGUCAUCAG